AGAUGCAGUCUCGUUAUACAUUUGAACGAACACAGUUCACCGUAAUGAAACUAGCGAUCGUUUAUUUUUGGUUUUGGAACAUAUUAGUUCGAUCAAUAAGUGGUUCGCACUCACCGAUUUUAAUUACAACUCCAUUUGAUCGUUGGUCAAGCAGUAAUAAAAUUGAUGAUAAUGAACUUGCGGAAAAAAAGUUUCCGGAAAAUUUUGCUUUCGGGGCAGCCACAGCAGCCUAUCAAAUCGAAGGGGCUUGGAAUAUAGACGGCAAAGGCCCGUCCGUAUGGGACACGCUAACGCACAACCAUCCAGAGGCAGUAGUCAAUCGAGCCACCGGAGAUGUUGCGUGUGAUUCCUAUAAUCGCUAUCAAGAAGAUAUAGCUGCCCUGAAGGAGGUUGGGUUUGAUUACUACCGAUUUUCGAUCUCCUGGUCCAGGAUACUACCGGAUGGUGAUCUCUCUUCGCUGAAUCGGGCAGGAUUAGAUUAUUACAACAAAUUGAUAAAUGCCUUGUGGGCAGCACGCAUCGAACCCUUGGUUACAAUGGUUCAUUACGAUAUUCCUCAGUAUGUUCAAAACUUGGGUGGCUUGGCCUCGCCACUGUUUGUCGAGUAUUUCAAAAUCUACGCUGACGUUUUGUUUAAAAAUUUUGGCGAUCGUGUCCGGUAUUGGAUCACACACAACGAACCAUACGAUUUCUGCGUAGAAGGCUACGGCUACGGUACUGACGGUCCGAUGGUGCACGCGCCAGGUGUUGGAGAAUAUCUUUGCGCUCACCACGUGCUUCUCAGUCAUGCCGCCGUCUAUCACCUCUACGACGAUAACUAUCGUCAAGAUCAACAUGGUAAAAUUGGAAUGACGCUCAGUGGAAGAUAUUUUUAUCCAACAGAUAAUGUAACAGACCUGAAUGCUGUAGACCGAGCACUUCAGUUUCAAAUAGGUUGGUUUGCACAUCCUUUAUUCAGUGAAACGGGUGGUUAUCCACCUAUCAUGAUAAGCGAUAUUGGUGAUCAUAGCCUACGUGAAGGGCGUUCUAUGUCACGGCUGCCGGAGUUUUCGGAAGAGAUGACUUCAUAUGUUCGUGGAACGGCGGACUUUUUCGGAUACAAUUACUACACCAGUCGACUGGUGACAUUUGAUAAAAACGAAUACGAUGUCGAUACUCCACCUUCUGUGGAUAAGGAUGCUGGCUUAGUGUACAGCGUAGAUCCAUCCUGGAUACGUGCCAAAUCCACUUGGCUGUAUGUUGUACCGGAAGGGUUGCGAGGAAUACUAAACUGGUUCAAGCAGGAAUACAACGAUCCGCCUGUGCUUAUCACCGAGAAUGGUUAUUCAGAUGAUGGUCAGUUGAACGAUGAUGACCGAGUGGAGUAUUACAAGCAACACUUGAAUGCACUCCUUGAUGCAUUACUGGAGGAUAAAUGUCAAGUGGUUGGAUUCACUGUAUGGAGUAUAAUCGACAAUUUUGAAUGGCUGCGUGGAUAUAGCGAAAAAUUUGGUUUAUAUCACGUAAACUUUUCCAGCCCAAACCGGGAGAGAACACCAAAACUUUCUUCCAAAUUACUGCAAUCCGUUAUCAAAACAAGAGAAAUUCCUUAAAUGUAUGAAUGAAUAACAUUUUCAAUCUUCAAUUUUUAAAUAUAGUCUCAGCUCCACAAUAAAUUCAUUGCAGCAUGCUAUUAAAAUAAAAUAAAA